AUGGAGUUUCUGAGCGAGAAGUUUGCCCUCAAGAGCCCACCGAGUAAAAACAGUGAUUUUUACAUGGGCGCAGGAGGCGCGUUGGAGCACGUUAUGGAGACGCUGGACAAUGAGUCCUUUUACAGCAAAGCGUCGGCGGGCAAAUGCGUGCAGGCCUUUGGGCCCCUGCCCCGCGCCGAGCAUCACGUGCGCCUCGACAGGACCUCGCCCAGUCUGGACAGCAGCGUGAACUAUGGGAUCACUAAAGUAGAAGGACAGCCUCUUCACACUGAACUCAACAGAGCCAUGGACAACUGCGCCAGUCUCCGGUUGUCUCCUGUGAAAGGGAUUCCAGAGAAGGGAGAACUGGACGAACUCGGGGAUAAGUGUGACAGCAACGUAUCCAGCAGCAAGAAGCGGAGACACCGAACCACCUUCACCAGCCUGCAGCUGGAGGAGCUGGAAAAGGUCUUUCAGAAGACCCACUACCCGGAUGUGUAUGUCAGAGAGCAGCUUGCUCUGAGGACAGAGCUGACUGAGGCCAGGGUCCAGGUUUGGUUUCAAAAUCGAAGGGCCAAGUGGAGAAAAAGAGAACGUUACGGCCAGAUCCAACAAGCUAAGAGCCAUUUUGCUGCCACCUAUGACAUAUCAGUUUUGCCAAGAACUGACAGCUAUCCACAGAUUCAGAACAAUUUGUGGGCAGGAAAUGCAAGUGGUGGUUCUGUGGUUACUUCAUGCAUGUUACCACGUGACACUUCCUCGUGUAUGACACCUUACUCUCACUCGCCUCGGACAGAUUCCAGUUACACAGGGUUUUCAAACCACCAGAACCAGUUCAGCCACAUGCCCCUCAACAAUUUUUUCACUGACUCUCUUCUUACCGGGGCUACCAAUGGACAUGCAUUUGAAACAAAGCCAGAGUUUGAAAGGAGGUCCUCCAGUAUCGCAGUUCUUCGAAUGAAGGCCAAGGAGCACACCGCCAAUAUUUCAUGGGCCAUGUAA